GAACCCACUAAAAAUAACGAUUCUCUAAGAGAAUUUGUUAUUUUGGCGAAACCAUUAUGGAAGACUGCUAAAGAUAAUGAUUCUCUAAGAGAAUUAGUUAUUUUAGCGGGCCCACUAUGGGAAACUCGAGCCCACUAUAGGAAACCAUUAAAAAAUAACGAUUCUCUAAGAGAAUUCGUUAUUUUGGCAGAACAACUAUGGGAGCCUGCUAAAAAUAACGAUUCUCUAAGAGAAAUCGUUAUUUUGGCAGAACAACUAUGGGAUCCUGCUAAAAAUAACGAUUCUCUAAGAGAAUUCAUUAUUUUGGUGGACCUACUAUGGGAAUCCGUCAAAAAUAACGAUUCUCUAAAAGAAUUUGUUAUUUUGACGAACUCUCUAUGGGAACCCACUAAAUAUGACGAUUCUCUAAGAGAAAAUCAUUAUUUUAGCGAAUUCUCUAUGGGAACUCGCCAAAUUUGA